AUGGAAAAGAUCGACGCGAGCCCGACCAUCUCCCAGCUACGUCCGCACUCGGUGCUGGCCGCCGCCCCUCAAGUCGCUCGUGCCCAGCAGCAGAGCGUGUUCCAGAGCAUGUGGAUCGGAGCAACUGCGGGCAUGGGGGGGAUCGUGGCCGUGUACCCCGUGGACGUGAUCAAGACGCGCAUGCAGAACAGCCGCGUCGCGACCAGCGCCGUCCAGACCCUCACGAGCAUCUUCCGGAACGAGGGCGUGGGAUCGUUUUACAAGGGGCUGGGGCCGCAGCUGCUGGGCACGAUCCCGGACAAGGCCGUGUCGCUCGCGACGCGCGAGUUUGUCAAGAGCUUUUUCGAGCACCCGAACGAGUUCAAAGCGUCGUUGACGUCGGCUGCUGUCUCGGGCGUCAUGCAGUCGCUCGUGAUGAACCCCGUGGAAGUGGUCAAAGUCCGGAUGCAGCUCGACAGUACGUUGAAGCCACUGGGCGUGCUCCGCGACGUGGGACUCCAGGGACUUUAUAGGGGCUACUCGGCCUGCUUGGCGCGUGACGUUCUCUUUGCGUCCACGUACUUUACGCUCUAUGACAUGGCCAAGAACCAGCUCGGCGUGCAAGACGGCACGUCGCUAGGCUGGUCCAUGGUCGCUGCGUCGACCGCCGGCAUUCCUGCUGCGUUCUUUACGACGCCGUUGGAUCUGCUCAAGACGCGCAUGCAGUCCAGGGACGCGACGGUGCAGGGAUUUGCGAACACGUACCGACACGUGACGGCGCAAGGAGGUGUUGCCGCGCUCUUUAGUGGAUGGGGACCGCGCGUCAGCCGCAUUGCCCCGCAAUUUGGCAUUGUGCUCGUGUCGUUUGACUGGCUCUCGCACCGCUUCAGUCCCGCAGCAGACAAGCCAGAGGAGGUAGGAGAGUCCUGCACGGCUUGA